GCUGUUAUUAUCAGAUUUCAAUUUUGUUUUUCCUUGGCAGCAAAGCCAGCCAGCAGUCCCCAUUGCUGUGCCAGUGAAGCAUUCAUUCAUUCAUCUUCUAAAACUUUGAUCAUUUCGUGGAUCUUCUGAUUCUUCGAUCUCGAUUCUGGUUAGGGUUUACGGUUUUCUGAAGGGAAGAGAAGUUUGCCCAGAAUGGGGAUUCUGGUUCCGCUUUUCUUCCACGUCGUCGCUUUCAUUUGCACCGUUGCAGCUAUCGCUUUGGCCGUUCUUCACAUUUACAGGCACCUUCUCAGUUACACCGAGCCCACUUAUCAGCGUUACAUCGUUCGGAUUAUUUUCAUGGUCCCGGUUUAUGCACUAAUGUCAUUCUUGUCCCUUGUAAUACCCGAGAGUUCAAUCUAUUUUAAUUCCAUUCGGGAAGUCUAUGAAGCUUGGGUCAUUUAUAAUUUUCUGUCACUGUGUCUGGCAUGGGUUGGUGGUCCUGGAGCAGUUGUAAUAAGUUUGAGUGGUCGAGUUCUGAAGCCAUCAUUUUGUCUGAUGACUUGUUGCUUUCCUCCUAUACCGCUGGAUGGGCGUUUCAUACGUAAAUGCAAGCAAGGAUGUCUGCAGUUUGUGAUUUUGAAGCCCAUUUUAGUUGUUGUUACACUUAUACUUUAUGUAAAGGGGAAGUAUAAGGAUGGAAAUUUCAAUCCAAAGCAGUCAUACUUGUAUCUUACGAUCAUUUAUACGAUCUCGUAUACAAUGGCACUCUAUGUGCUUGCUUUGUUUUAUGUGGCAUGCAAGGAUCUGCUUCAGCCAUUCAAUCCAGUUCCAAAGUUUAUUAUAAUAAAAUCUGUUGUAUUCUUGACUUAUUGGCAGGGCGUGUUAUUCUUCCUUGCUGCAAAGUCAGGAUUCAUCGAGGAUGCUGAUGAAGCUGCCUUACUUCAAAAUUUUAUCAUUUGUGUUGAGAUGCUUGUUGCUGCCGUAGGCCUCUUUUACGCAUUUCCAUACAAAGAAUAUUCCAGUGCUAAUAUAGGUGGAUCCCGUGGUGUGACAGCUAGCCUUGGGCAUGCUUUGAAGUUAAAUGAUUUUUACCAUGAUACAGUCCACCAGUUUGCACCAACGUAUCAUGAAUAUGUUCUCUAUAAUCACAGCGAAGGUGAGGAGGGAACUAAGAAGUACAGGUCACGAACUUCUGUUCCAAUUGGCCCAGAGAUGGAUUCUGUAAGAAAUAAACAUAUGUCUGGAGACAAGUUAGAUGACAUACAGCUCUCAAGUUUGUCUUCUACCAGUAGCACUCCUUCAAAUUCUGGUUCCAUUCCUGAUGCUUCAAAUUCUGAUGCAACGAAUUCUUCCUUGCUUGUGGAUAUGUCCAAUUCUGUUUCGGAACCAUACGACUUGACCUUCAUUGACUUGGAUGUAUCCAGUUACCCUGAAGAGGUUCCUGCGGCUGAUAAAGCUGGUGGUAGGUGACCAUGAGGAAUAUUCAGAGCUAGGUUUGAUGGGAAAAAUGUUAUCGCUUGAGGAGAUUAGAGGGGCGUCAGACAUAUCUUCUGUGCUUGGAAAGAACGAACUAUGAUUGUGGUUUCUUAAAUCCUGGUAAAGGAAUUAAGCAGAUCAUGUGGGAACAUACGUUUGUGCAAACUACCUUAAGCGUCUAGUCGGCCUCACUGCCAAGCAAAAUAGUUCUUGAUAUUGGUCUCUGUCUCCAAUUUUUGUGUGUCCUGUGUGUAAAUUGUAGAUACAGAACUUGUUGACAUGCCUCAAAGUUCAACCAUGGAAGAUACUAAAAAAAAAGAUUUAGAAUUAAUUGAUUUUUUUCUCCCAUGCACCUUUUUGAUACC